UUAUCACACUUCCGGAUACAAACAACACGCAGGUGUUGGUUGAAUGGGUGAGGGAAAACGCUAAACUUAUUAAAUUUUGACUGCCACUUUACUGAAACAGUUGUCUAUGUAUGCUAUUUACAGCUAAUAUUAGUGCCAUUGUGUGUGAUUCGUAUUAUCGCUAUUUUCUCUGGGAACUUGAAGGAAAGGCAGCCAAAUAUAUGUGGCAUUUUGGCGUGGAUGGCCUUGGACGAAAUCUUUUGCUUCAAGCUUUCGAGCCUGCUCAUUUGAGGUACACUGUCUACGUAAUGUAAGCUGCCGGCACUGUCUAACAGUGGUAGACCACCAAGCGGGAGCAGCGGCAGCGGCGGUGCGCGGCGACCGGCCGGUGUGUGCGAGAGAGGCGAGCGGGCGCGGGCGCAGCGGCCAUGUCUGGCUCGGACUCGUUUCUGGACCUGGACGCCACGCUGGUGGGCGAGGACCAGCGCCUGGAGCCACUGGAGGAGGAGUCGGCCGACACGGUCUGCAGCAUCUGCGGAGAGGGCUAUCAGCGGCCGCGACUGCUGCGCUGUCUGCACGCGUUCUGCGAGCGCUGCGUUCAGCGCCAGCACGAGGAGGACGAGGACGAGUCGGGCGCCGUCGAGUGCCGCCGCUGUCAGCAGCCGACGCGGCUGGACGAGCGCGGCGCCGCCGCCCUGCCACUCGACCAUGUGACGCUCAACCUGCGCGACAUGCAGCUGGUGCGCGAGGGCGCCGCCGCGUGCUCCAGCUGCCGCGCCGGCCAGCCGGCCGAGGCGCGCUGCGCCGACUGCGCCCACUUCCUCUGCGCCCAGUGCCACCAGGCGCACCAGAAGAUGAACUGCUUCCAGCGGCACCAGGCGAUGACGCUGACUGAACUGGAGGAGGCGGCCAACAAGAACCCGAUCCCGAUCCACCGGCCGGUCCUGUGCGACCACCACCCGGAUACGCAGGUCUCGCUGGCCUGCAUCUCCUGCAAGGAGCCGGCGUGCGAGCAGUGUCAGGCGGUGGGCGGCGCCCAUCCGCCACCAGAGCACCUGCUCAAACGCAUCUGUGACGUGGAGCGCACCGAGUGGGGCGACUUCCUCACGGCCAUCGACGACGCCAAGGCCAAGAGGAAACAGAUGGACAGCACGGGUAACGGCGUGCAGUCGGCGCUGGAGCAGCUGCAGGCGGCGCACGAGCGCUGCUGUCGCCAGAUCGAGCAGCAGUUCGAGGCGGUGCAACGUGCCGUCACCGAGCACCAUCAGCGGCUGAGGCAGCGCUGCGACCAGCUGCACAGGCAGAAACGCGACCUCGUCUGGGACGUGGGCGAGCGCUGCCACACGGACAAGGCGCGUCUCGAGCAGGCGCUCAGGCUGGCCGACCGUCUGGUGGAGUUCGCCAACAGCGCCGAGCUGCUCUCACUGAAGCCGGUGCUGGUGGAGAGGAUGCGAGAGUCCACCCAGGUGACCCAGCUGCCUCGCGACCUCGACCUGACCUUCGUCUGUCAGCCCGACUCGGUGGAUGCCACCGUCAAGGCCAUGAUGGGCCACUUCCUGGAGGACGCCCCGCCGCCGCCGCCGCCGCCGCCGGCUCCGGUCGCCGCCGUGCCGCAGCCGCCGGUGGGCGCGGCAGCGGCCGUGUCCCGCCAGCAGCCGGCCCUCACCCGCUCCCCGCCGGAGGGGCGUGUUCAGAGCGGACCGCUGCCGCCGGCGGCACGGCCUUACUCGCGACAAAACACCACCAUCUCGCCCGUGGAGGCCGACAUGCCGCCCUUCAGCGCCGGGUAUAACUCCCUCUCGUCACCCAGUCUGCCGUCGCCCAUCAACGGUCUGGGCAGCAGCAGCGGCAUCGGCAGCAGCCUGAGCAGCCUGUCGGGCGGCCACAACGGCGGCCCGCUGGCGCUGGGCCCGUCGCCGCCGCCGCACCCGGGCCAGCCGCCCAUGCUGUCGGCGCUGGCGGACGGAGGGUUCCGGCUGCCGCAGCCGCCGCCCUCCUCGGCCGACCGCGCCGCCACCGCCGCCGCAGCGGCCGCCGCCGCCGCUCAGCUCUACGAGAGGUCUCAGAGCUUCCACGAGCCGUCGUACGGCAGUGACAUGUCUCCCAGCCUGCCGCUGGACUUCCUCAACUCGGGCUCUCAGAUGGCGCUGCAGAACAUCAAGGCUCUGGCGCGGCUGGGCAGCACGGGCGGCAGCGGCGGUGGGGACCUGAUUGACGGCUUUCUCAGCGGUCGCGGCCACGCGCCGCCGCCGCAGCCGCCGCCGGCCGCCAUCUCGCCCAUGAUGGCCGCAGCCGCAGGUGACGGUAUGAUGGGCCGCUCGGGUCUGCAGUCCCUGCGCGGUAUAUCUCCGUCUGGACCAGCCAGCCCUCUACUGGGCGCCGCCAGUCCGCUGCUCGGCCACAACGGCUUCGCCAUGCCGCCAGUGGGCGGCGGCGGCGGCAGCGGCACCGUGUCUCCGACGCCGCGCCGCGGCGCCGGCUGCGGCUCGGCCGUCAGCAGUAUGCAGAUCCGCGCCAAAUUCGGGCAGCUGGGCCAGCUGAAGGGCCAGUUCAACUCGCCUCACGGCUUCUGCCUGGGCACUGAUGAGGAGAUUAUCGUGGCCGACACCAACAACCACCGUAUCCAGAUGUUUGACAAGACGGGCGAGUUCAAGUACAUGUUCGGCUCGCCGGGGAAGGACGAGGGCCAGCUGUGGUACCCGCGCAAAGUGGCCGUCAUCAGGUCGUCGGGAAAGUUUGUCGUCUGUGACCGCGGCAGUGAGCGGUCGCGCAUGCAGAUCUUCAACCGCAACGGCUACUUCGUCAGAAAGAUCUCCAUUCGCUGCAUCGACAUAGUGGCCGGCCUGGCCAUCUCCAACGCUGGCCACAUCGUGGUGGUGGACAGCGUCACGCCGACCGUGUUCGUAAUCGCCGAGAGCGGCAGCCUGAUCAAGUGGUUUGACUGCAGCAACUACAUGCGCGAGCCGUCCGACAUCGCUGUCAGCGGUAACGAGUACUACAUCUGCGACUUCAAGAACCACUGCGUGGUGGUGUUCGACUCGGAGGGCCAGUUCGUGCGCCGACUGGGCUCCGAGACCAUCACCAACUUCCCCAACGGCAUCGACGUCUCCGACGCCGGCGACGUGCUCAUCGGCGACUCGCACGGCAACAAGUUCCACGUGGCUGUGUUCAGCCGCAACGGACAGCUCCUCUCAGAGUUUGAGUGUCCGCACGUCAAGGUAUCGCGCUGCUGCGGCCUCAAACUCACCCACGAGGGCUACAUUAUCACCAUCGCCAAGAACAACCACCACGUGCUGGUGCUGAACACCCUGUACAUCGCCUAGACGCCGUGACGGCGGCGGCAGCGCUGGCCGGCGGGCCGCCCGGCCCCUCCCGGGCCCCGCCGGCCGGCCGGGCCGCCAGCCAGCGCGCCUCAAUCCCACACCGCCACUGACAGGGACUGGCAUAAAUCGGUUGCUCAAUUGUCUGGCUUUCCGCGCGUCCGCAGUAUUUUUGCAUCCACCGAUGUCAGAUGCCUUGUUGUUUGUUAGCGUUUUUGCCCGGUUUUUUGCCGCGCCUGCGCGUGAACAGGGUCGGAGCCGGCGGCUGGGCGGCGUCGGGCGUGUUUUCGCGCCGCGCGCGCCGCCCGCCGCCGUGGGCCACGCUCGUCUAAUACUCAGCCCACUGUGUCGUCCCCCGUAGACUGCAGCAGCAGCGUACCCCGUCCCUGACCGCCCGCGCCCCGGCGGCCGGCCCUGUACCAAGGAUCUCUUCGAAGAAAUGUGAUGUUUGUGCCACGCCCGUCUCCGAGCGCGGGGACGGAGCCGGCCGUGUCUACACGCGGCUGCCGACAGACGCGAUCCGACGCGCGUGAACAGACACACGCACGGACAGUGCGCGCGCGUCAACGAGUGCGUGUGUGAGAGCGUGUGUGCUCAGUCGGGUUCUGGGUUCGUCGCGAGUGCGUGAGUGACCGGAGGCGUGCAGCGGCGCCUCCGCAGUUCGUUGGUGCGUUCGCGCGCCGCCCCUAGGUUAGUGAAGCGUGCGUGAGUGGGACGCCGGCCGGCGACCGGCGGCCGCGCGGAGACCUGUCCCGCGGCCGGCACUGACCAAAGAUGACCGAUUUCUUUCACUGGUGUGGCGGGUGUGCCCGCGCGCGCAGACGAAUGAUAAUGUUACCUAGUCUUCGAUAGUCACGCGUGCCGUGGCAGCGGCUGCGGCGGUGGCGCGCCCCGAGCCACAUCGUUCCUAGCGCGUGUCUGCCGGUAACCCUGCUGCUUUCUACUUAGCGCGCCGCCGGCCCAAGGACGGGCUGGCCGACCCGCAUUUAGCGUGGGCGAUGGCGACCUACGGUACUCACGGCCCCCCGCGGGCCGACCGAUGGCGCCGCGCGCACCCUAUACAUAGCUGUCUGGUGACCUAUAAUCAAACCACGUGAUAAGAGCGUCCUUAAUUAGUGUUUGUUACCGAUUAGUCGGUCCUGUUUUCUUUUCGUUUACAGAUAUACAAGUUAUUGGCAACCGUUUAGCCUUAGCCAGUAGAUCUUCCCGCAUUCUAUCUAAUUUUACUGUCCGCUUCCUUUUUCUCGAUCAUUAGCAACAUUGUAUAGCGAUGGCAGUUUACCGUUUAUGAAGCGUUCGUAUUAGCAUGGGUAGGGGUCCAGUGAUGAUCGUUAUACAAACUUGUUUGGUGCAUUUUGUGCAAACAUUGCUGUAUUAUAUGUCUAAAAUAUUCGCGUCGGGCCAGCUGGUAAAAUCGCCGUAUGUAUUUAUACGAUUUUGCGAGUGUCCGGUUUAUCGAUGUUGAGCUGCGGCGCGUGGUUGGCUCGACGCAAGCGAGCCGGCAAUCUGGGCUAGUUAAAUUUUUGUAGCUCUUUUGGCCGGGGGCGGUGUUGCCCCCGGUCUGCGCCCUGGCCGCAACCGAGUGUCUCCAGUGAACUGGCAACGUCAACCAUUCCAUCCAGGCUGGCGGCGGCGGCGACGCGGGCGGCGGCGGGGGCGGCCGGACGGCGAGGCGGGCCGUCCGGCCGCCGCCGCCGUGCCAGUCUUCCAGAGCGCCGCUCCGCCCGGCGGCCGCCGCCGCCCGCCGCUGCGCCCAUGUGUAAUCGUUAAUCUCAUCUCUUGGUGUGAGCGCGCCCGCGCGCGUGCAAUUGUCCGUGUUUUGGUGUGCGAGUGAGCCGACUAGUCGCCCGGCGGGAGGCGCGGCAGACCGCGCGCAGCACGCCUUGUAGAAGCAGGUGUCUCCUGUCGCCGAAACGCUUAUGUGCCCUUUUGAAACAUAUCACAGGCUCGUUUCCAUAAGGCAGGCGGGCGGGCGGGCGCGGCCGGGACGCAGCAGGGUAGGCGGCGCAGACACGGCGCGCCGCGCGCACCGUCUCUGCACUGUGCGUGUGCGUGUGUGUGCCUGCGGGCGCUCGUGCGAGUGAGUGUGCGUAGCCGAGACGGGCCGGUCGCGCAGUGGCGGCCGGCCCGUGCCCUUCUUAUUGCAAUGAUAUUGUGCACUCUUCUCUCUUUCUCUUGGUGAUUUCCACAUUCAGGUAAUGUUUGCUAGUAGCUUUAGCAUUUUAUUAUACAUGAUUGAUUUUAUUUUCAGUUUCAGGCAAGAGAGUACAAAUUCAGUUACACCGUUUUUACCAACAAACUAUGCCUAAUUAGAGCUUGUAUUUUAAGUCAGGAGGCAAUGCGUGUGCUGUGUUAGUGAGUUAACCGGUGUUUUAGACACGUUAUUCGUCUUAUUUUAUGUUUGGACUGGUGUGUUUCGGCAAAUGUUAACAAGUUACUGUUACGUUCGUAUGUAAUCCCGUUGUUCUCCUAGAGGCGCUUUGUUCCGUUUAAUUCCAUUUACGAGUUCGAAUAAAAAUUACAAAAUUCCC